UUCUUGGUGUGAUGUACUUGGGUGGACGCAGACCUCGCACCACCAAUCGCAAUGCUCGGUAGCUUUGCAAGCGAGUCUUACUUCACCAAUCACGUACGACCUGCACUUCAUAAGUAAGACAUUUGACGUGAGCUGGAAUUCCGUGAUUUUAACUGCAUUUGGGCGUCGAUCAUGGAGUAUUCAAGACUUUGGAGCCAUUAUUUGUAGUUAUGCAGGUGUGCAACUUAGAAGGGUUUAUGAUCUUGGGAACGUCUUGUGAAAGGAGUCUUGAAUACUACCUCUCUACCGUACUUAAGCAUUCGCAGCGGACUCUUUUGCGCCGCGCGUAUUUCUGUUAUCUUCUCGACCGUUUGAAUUUUUUAUAAACAGCCACAGGUGAGAGGUCAUUCCAGUGAGCAGUUGUAAGAAUUGACUAUCUCCAAGAAGCAACGAUCCUAUUCAUGUUCGUGAGAGAACGUGGUACGCUACAAUCCAGAACCACGAGAUCACUCCUGUACCAUCUGAUUGUUUGCCACAGGACUAUUCAUUCAAAAAUAUAAUUAUCACUAUUGAAUGCCGACAAUCUAAUGCAUACUGUGUCUAGAUUACAGCGGGACCAAAGAGCACCUUGUCACUCCACGAUCAAAGCAGAUUUAUCGUGUUUUCAAUACCCAGUGUUUGUGCCGCAUGGAAAUGCGAUGAAUCAUUAUUACUUUUAGUCACUCCACGAUGAUUUCUGUAUAUGCGAACUGGAGCCAACAUCAACCCACUGCAUUCCCUGAUAGCCGCCACCCUAAUUCUAGCCCAAUCGAUCUCCGCACCUUGAGAAUGCUGAAAACACCCUAAUGUACAACCUACACAACCUGGCGGCACUAGCCCACCAGAUCCAACAACUCCGCGGAUUCCCGUUGGUGGUAACAACAACAGCCAUGCAUUUCCGAUAGGAGAAACAAGCUCAUGUCACCAUACACAUGCAUCUUUCUGACGCGUACAUAUCAAUCCUACAGUACACACAUUUAUGUCGAAAUCCCGACGGAUUCUUUGAAUCUCUUCGUUGAUGUCUGCGAUUAUGCGAGUUGCUUACUCUUGAGAUCCUCGUUAUUGAAGUGAUUCCUGGUUGAAUUGACGGGUCGAGACACUGCUUUUGUGAGAAUCGAGAUGGAACCAGCGUUCCCAGCUCCAGUGCCUACAUGGCACAACGAUAUAUACCCGGCCAUCGACCCUACGAACCCAGCGCUUAGCCAGGCCGGGAAGACUGUCAUCAUUACUGGCGCCGGUACGGGUAUCGGACGUGCGACAGCUCUCGCGUUUGCGGCCGCGAAAGCAAAGCAUAUAAUCUUACUCGGACGCACCAUGUCGACUCUGAAAGAGACCUUAUCGCUCAUAAGAGGGGCUCCCAAUGCAUCGUCCACGAAAGUGACAAUCUUCCAAGCAUCUGUGACAGAUGCGUCUCGAAUCAACGAUCUCGUAGCCCUCUGUACAAAACCUCCGCCUCUUCUCUCCAACAACAUGGAUGCCAUUUUCCAGGAAGAAAGCAACAACUUGCGUGAAUUUAGAGCAGAAGAGGUGGGAGGCGAGAAUGGAAGCGAAGUGGCCACAGGUUGGGACGUUUUAAUCCUCAAUGCGGCAACUGCUGGUACGCCCCAAACCGAGCCAACAGCCCUCUCGACCUCCAUUGCAUCCAUCCACGAAAUCUUCGCUACAAACACAUUUCCACUGCUUACCUUCUCCGCUGCAUUGCUACCCUGCGCGAAUGUGAACCCUGUCGUUUUCAAUGUCACAUCACUAGGCGCCGUAGUACCAGCGCGCCUGAGUCCGCGCAUAGGACUGUACGUAGCAAGUAAAGCCGCAGCCGCAAAACUCAUCGAGGUCCUUGCGCUAGAGAACCCACAAGUAUUCUGGGCGAGUGUGCAUCCUGGGGUUGUGAAGACUAAGCUAUUCGAGAAUGCGGGGUUGGACGCGGAGGUGCUGCCGAUGGAUGGAGCAGAGUUGGCAGGCGGGUUCAUGGUGUGGUUGGCUGCGAAGACCGGCGGGUUCGCUGCAGACGGGAGGGAAUUUGGGUUGAAGAGGGAUUUGACUGGGCGAUUUUUGUGUUCGAAUUGGGAUGUUGAGGAGUUGGAGGCAAGGAGUGGGAAGAUUGGACGAGAUGAGAAUACGGUUACCUUGGCCGGGUUUCCCUAUGGACAAGUCAUGAAAUUGUAG